AUGGACCUCUAUGAUCAGCUGCCGAACAGCAAAUUGGCCUUUCUAGCAGAGUAUGCCGUUGUGCUGGAAUGUUUGAUAGAGAAACGAGUUACAGUAACGGAUCUGUUGACUCUGAAAGCGGCAGAACUCGCGAGAAUAGUACCACGUUCUAUUAAUGAAAUCACAAGUUUCCAACGGGCUCUCAAAGAUGAGUAUAAAGAUCUUAUAUUUGGGCGUAAUCGAUCCCGUUUGUCGGUGGUUCAAAAUUGCGUUAAAACAUUCACAUCUGGAGAUGCUGGGAUAGACGAAGUUUUACGUGGUGGAAUACGUACGCAUGGUAUAACUGAAGUUUUUGGCGGAAGCUCUACGGGAAAGUCUCAAUUUCUCAUGCAAUUGGCUUUAACUGUUCAAGUUCCUGUUGAGAAUGGAGGUUUGAAUGGAAAAUGCGUUUUCAUCACCACGGAAGGCGGUAUCUCGACAAAGAGGCUUGAGGAGCUCAUUACACAGAAAUCAAGGCUACUGCCAGGUUUUGAGCAUGUUUCUCAAGACAAUAUUUUUACUGUCAAUUGCAACGAUCUUGCCAAUCAAGAGCACACGCUCCAGGUUCAGCUCCCUGUUCUUAUCGAGAGAAAUCCGGACAUCAAGCUUGUCAUAGUGGACUCGAUUUCGCAUCAUCUUCGAGUGGAGCUCGAAAGAAAAACCUUUCGAGAUUCUCACGAUAAUCGACAAUACAUCGAUAAGAUGGCCCAAAACCUCUUGAAGCUGGCAAAUGAUCACUCAUUGGCCGUGGUAGUCGCUAAUCAAGUUGGUGAUAAACCAGUUCCUGAAACGCCCGUGCCUAAUCCCUCUACGAACGGCGAUUUCACUGGUUAUAGUUACCAAGUUGGUUGGACCGUUGGUUGGAAAGACUCUAGCAUUUACUAUCGCCAAGUGCGAGAAGGGCUUCUGACCGACAGUGUCAAUACGCUACGAACUCAGCCACGAAGCAACAUCGAAAAUAUUCUUUCUGAGGAUGAGGACUACAAAAUAGUUGCAGAAGCAGCAUUUGCCAGGAAACGACCGCGGGACGAAAGCAACACCAGCAAAGAAAGCUCUAAAAGCUCCUCAUCACAGCAGCUUUCAUCAUCAGCUCGCUCUGGAAGAUCCAACUCACCUUCUCCGCGCCUGCCGUUAAUGCCGAUGGGACGCAGGCGUAAGGUGGAAACAAAGAUCCCCAAUCUCGGAUUGUCGUGGGCUAAUCACAUCUCGGUAAGAAUCAUGCUUUCUAAGAUCUACAAGGCAAGUCCUUUGAUCAAAAAAGGGCAACUGGAUAUCAAUGAAAUGACGGAUACAAAUAAUUUUUGGCAAGUUCAUAGAACGUUACGAGUGGUUUUAUCAGAAUAUUCCAAGAGGCCAGAUGUCGAUUUCAUCAUCUCAUCGCAAGGAAUUGCAAGUAUCAAACAAGUUGAACAGGACACAUAG